UAAGACACGGGUUUCCAUGCGCGUUUCUAAUAUCUAACAGGAAUGACUCCCAGAUGCUGUCCAUAUUUUUCCAGCACAUAUAGAGGCAGGUUGGAUCAAUUUCGCCAAAUGUUUUUAUGUCGGAUUUGGCCGAGUCUUUCUUUAUUGCAUGGAAUGAUGUCAUGGCAGCUCCAUCUAUGCGACUCUAUUGUACAUGGCAUGUUGAUAGAUGUUGGAGGAAGAAUAUCAAAUGUAAGAUUCAAGGUGUAGAAAAACAAGGUGAAGUAUACAAGCAAAUCAGAACUUUGAUGCAUGAGCAGGAUGUAGAUUCAUUUGAUGAGAUGUUAAAUAUUGUGCUAGAGAGAUUGGAAUGUGAUCCUGAUACAGUUCAAUUUGCCACAUACUUCCGAGACAACUAUGUUGGGAAUGCAAAUUCUUGGGCAUAUUGCCAUAGAUUGAAUGCUGGAAUCAUUACCAACAUGCAUACAGAAAGAAUGCAUCGCACUAUUAAAUAUAUAUAUCUAGGUAGUAAAUGUGUCAAGCGUUUGGACAAAGCUAUUUUUGCAUUGAUGUCAUUUGUGAAGCACAAGCUGUUUGACAGGCUUAUUGUGCUAAAUAAAGGUAAACUGACGAGUAAACUUAAGGACAUUCGGCUUCGGCAUAAAUCAGGGAAUAAUAUUAAGGAGGACUUCAUUACUAUGGAGUUUUCUGGUUGGAAAGUGCGUUCUUCUUCAAGAAGGUCAACAGAUUAUUUUGUAUAUGAUAAUGACUUUCAGUGCAACUGCAGAUUGAUGUGCAUUAAAUGCAGGGCUUGCAUUCAUAGGUAUUCUUGUACAUGUAUUGACUAUACCAUCAAAUGGAAUAUGUGCAAGCACAUACAUAGUGUUUGCCGGAUUCAGUUAAAGCAGCAACCUUCUGAACACCUAAGAAAUAGUGAAGUUACACUUACUGAGAGUGAAGAUAUUUCUGUUGUAGACGAGAAAACAGAAAUACUAGCGGAGGUAACGAAAAAAAGUGUUAAUGAUUCUGUACCUUUGUCAGUCCAAAGAAGGGAACUUAUCGCAGAGUUUUCUGGUAUUGUAUCUGAGCUGACCUCAAAUGACUUAGAAACUGCUAAAAAAAUGUUAUCGUCACUAAAGGCAACUGUAGCUGUCGGAAUGUUUCAGCAAAAACAGGCACCGCUGCAGAUAGAAAGGAAACAAUCACAAAAGAUUUUACCUCAACGUAGACUGUACUCUACAAAGAAAAACAAAAGGAGUAAUAAUGCAUCCCUGGUGCUACCAAAUUCAGAAGAAUCCAGUUUGAUCAAAUUAUCUCUACUGGCAGACAAAGAAGAUGCACUUGUGGGAAAAGGUUCAGCUGUUAAAAAGCAACCAACAAUAAAAAAUACAGAGGGUGUAGCAGGUCCAUUCCCCAUUACAGCAUGUGCCCUACAGCACAGCCCGACGAAUCGCUCAACUCCCAUGAUUCAGCCAAUAGCAAAACAGGCUGAGGUGGUAUCUAGUCCGUCUCUCGCUACAUCGUAUGUGCUGAAACACAGCCCGAGGAAUAGCUCAACUUCCACAAUUCAACCAAUACCAAAACAGGCUGUGGUGGUACCACAUCCAUCUAUCGGUACAGUGCGUGUGUUGCUACACAGCUCAACAAAUGGUGCUGUUCUCCCACAUUUAAACCAGUGACAGGGCAGGAUAAGAUGGUAUCAGUGCCUUCCCUUACUACAGCGCAUGUUCUGCAACACGGCUAUGGAAUGCAACCUGUGAUGCCAGGAAACUCACAGAUAAACUAAAUCAUGUGCCAGAUGUCGAGCACCAUUGUGUUUGGAAGUUCCAUUGUUCUGUGUGUGAACAGUUUUGGAAGUUUGGAUGAAUCAAGUUUCUGAAACUGACUGGAAAGAAACUUAAUUUUCAAAAACUAAGAUUUUAUUGCAAUUCAUGAUACUGUGAAAUAUUUUUAUAAUUGCUGUACAUUCAGCUAAAAGUUACAGUAAAAUUUUCUUGUAAGUUAUGCCUGCAGAAACUUUUGUACUGAAUUUAAUCUUUUCUUUUGGUUUAUAAUUUUGAUUUAAAAUCUAUUUUCUGUUUAUA